AUGAUCAUCAGAAAAAGAAGAGUUUUUGUCAUUUUUAUGAUAGUAAUAUGGCUUUUAGGAAUAAUAUAUUUUAUAUCAGAUUCUGGAUUUCUUCGCAACGAUCCACCGAAGGUAGGUAAUUAUGUUAUUUUUCUUGUAGAUAAAACACGCUCCGUCCGUGGCGGGGAAUGCUGUGCACUGGGAAAUGGGAUAAAAGAUUAUUUAACGAGGAUAAUAAUUUAGUUAAAACCUGACGACUGUUUUUAUAUUACCCGGAAAAUUGAUUGGUAAUUCGUGAAAAUUAGAGACACUCGAUCGAACAAUGUAUAAAAUGAGCGAGCUUUUAAUAAUUGUUCCCCUUAACAUCCCGUGUGCCAUGCAAAAGUCAUACCUGUAUUCCAUGUUGAUAGACUUAUAUCAGCUGGAAGGUCUCUAAAGUGAUUUAAUAAUCAAACAUUUCCCGUAUGAUUUCAUUUAUAAUUUAUCCUUUCCUGAAAGCGUCCCACAGUGAAGGGUACGUAUUUCAAAUGAAGAAAAAAGAGAGACUUCUAGAGAAGGCUACCAACGAGAUUUCUUGUAAGCAAUGCUGAAACGUAUUUUAAAUUACUAACGAUGUCAUCAGGCCAAGCUUUCUGAAGUUUGGUUGCGCUUUUAAUUCUUAUGUGACGAAAUAAUUUUUGGUGGUUUGGUGGUUUCUUACAAUGCAUACAAGAACUAAAGAUUUUUUUUGAAAAAACAUUUUGAUUGUUGCUACAAUCUGUCUCAGUCAAACCUCUAAAUUGUUGAUCUGCAUGUGCAGUGUAAUACAGAUCUAGUACUUAUCUAUUAUAACACGAGAAAUCAGAAAAAAAAUAAAAGAAAUAAUUUUCAUUACCAUUAUUUGAUAUUUCUGAAAGGAUGAAACAAACAAUAAUUCUCAAUUAAACAAAAUAUUAUAUUAAUUAAUAAUAAUAAUGUAUUUGUACAUUGUUCUCAAAAAGCAUUGUUAUGACUUAAGGAAUCUAGAGGACUGCCAAAUAUUUCACAUUCAGUUUUAUGGAUUUGUUUGAUUAAGACUAUUAUCAUAAGUAUAAGCUACCUUAAAUUUAUGUUUGAUAAGUUGGUGUUUGCUGACUUAAUUAACCUGCAGAGUGGCACAUACAUGUACACUUGGAGUUUCUUCUUAGUAUAGAUUUAUUUUUAUAGCACAACCCUUUUCUCUCCUUUUUAACCGUGGCAGGAUUAAUUCAGUCGGUAGAGCUUUUGACUACAGAGCGGGAGGCUGCAGGUUUGAUUCCUGGGGCCGAACCAAUGCUCAAGGUCUUAAAAUAACUGAGAAAUGCAGGUACUGCCUUUACACUGCAAGCAGCUAGACCUUCGCGUGGCUUGGAUGACCACGUAAAAUGGCGGUCCCGUCUCCAGUUGGAGACAUAAGAAUGGUGUCCCCAAUUAGUACUUUUGCGCUGAAUACCUUGUCACUCAAAUAAAGUGCAUUUUAUCUUUCUUUUAUACUCUUAUAUUUUCAGUCUUUCUUAAAUUUUUAAUCUGUCAGACAGUAUAAAGUUGAAGAGAAGAUUAAUGCAUGGCUUAGAGCCCAGUGCUGUAGGGUUCUAACUGUGGUGUCCUAUUAGGCUGUUAACUUCUGGUUAAGAAAAUACUCAAGCUGACAAAAUGCUUCCUAGUAUCAUAUACAGCUUCAUUACUACAUGGACAUAAUGAAGUAUCCUUUCUAGCAGUGAGUUUCCUUAGACCACAGCUUUUCAGUUGUUAGUCUACAAAAAUGGUAAACAUUAUUGAUGGAAUAUUUUUCAAUUUGACAAGCUUAUUUAUAUAUGUACCAGUAAUAAUUCAAUAACAGUUCUAACAGGUUGAGCACCUGAAACUUAAUGAGCCAAAAAUCUAAUGAAGGCAAUAGUUCCAAGAGCAAUGCCAAAGUGCUUGAAGGUAUUAAUGGACAGCCAAACACUGCUUGUAAUGUUAAAGAAAAAAAUAGAAAGCAUAUGACAUUAGUUUGUUCAGUAUUUAUUGAAAAUAAUUAACAGCACAGUAUGCAGCUUUCUGUUAUUUCAUGUUAUAAAUUUUUUAUGUCCAAUGUUUGCCACAAAUGGAGAGGUGCUUGAAAACAGACCCCAAGUGGCUACUAAUCUCACUUUAAAUUUGCCCAUUUAUUUGACAAGCAAACAAACAGAGGUCAUUUUUAAUUCUGUGGUGAAUCUGCCAGCUGGCACUCACUCAGGUUCAAAUUUAUGUCCUGUGAGCCUGUUUUAUUUUUCAAGAAAAGCAUCUACCUCUUGGCCUGUAGGACAUAUUUUGGCUUCAUUGACAUCUGCUCCUAAUGCUGAUGCACGUCUUAAUACACUGAAGUGCUUUUUUCCACAUUGUAUGUGGAGGUGUGUGUGGCCGAGUGGUUAACAUCUUGAACUCUGGAUCUUGAGGUCCUGGGUUCAAGCCUCACCCUUCGGUUGUUUUCUUAGACAGGGAACUUUACUCCACUUUGACUCUCUCUUCACCCACGUGUAUAAAUGGGUACCAGUGACAUACUGUUAAGGGAUAACCCUGCAAUAGACUAGCAUCCCAUCCAGAAGGGAGUAGCAAUACUCCUGAGUGCUUUAUGCUAAUGAAUUGAAACCAGGAUAAGCUCUGGCCGUUUUGGGCCUUUGGCUUGUGUGCGCCUUUACCUUCCACAUUGUAUAAAGUGUUGCUUUACAGUCCGCUCCCCUGCAUCUCCUCCCAUUUUACUGACCUUCGAGCCACAAGAGGUUAGUGUUGAUACCAAUAUUUCCCCUUGGAAGUUAUCGGACCUUCCCUACAUGUUUGUGCUUUAGUAAACAGGUACAUCACAUGAAAUAUGGUUUAGGAGCUGCACUUUUACUUGUUUGCUUAAAUAGUCAAUGAGACACAAAGUCCAUCAAACAUCAGUAUCUUAUUAAGUGCCUGCAAAACAAUCACUGUGUCCUCUUCUCGAAAGCACAUUUGUCUGACCAGGUCUUCAUUUUAGUUAGAAAACUAGAGUAGUUGUUGACCUUAAUAUAUAUUAAUUUUUAACUCCUAGACGCUUCAUUUCUUCAGCUACAAAAUGAUAGUCUUACUAGCUACAAUCAGCAACAAAAUUGUUGAGACAUUGUACUCAAAUGGGGUAACUUCAGAGAACAAAGCAAUCCACACCUCUUUAUUUAACCCAUUCGCUCCUAGAGAUUUUGCCGAAAAACGCGUUUUGAAGCUAGUCGAGUGGUUUUCUGGUCACUGUCGUGCUAUAAAGAGCUAAAACUUACCACAAACUGGUUUACAGGUCGAACACUUCGCGGUCUUCCGAUCCAGAUGCAAAAUAUCAGCUUGCGAAGUUCGGGCAUGCGCAGAAAGCAAAAUUUCGACAUAGUUUUUGGGUUUAAAAGUGACACAGCAGUCUUGACUUUUACUUUUCGCUUUCUCUCCUCCCUUCUUUUUUUGCUUUUCUUGCCUCAUUUUUUUUUUCUCUUGCUGGGCAUUUAGUAGGCUUGAUUUUGGUGGGAAGAGUUUUUAGGAAAGCUUUUAGGAUCUUAGGAUUAGGCGAAAGGAAAGGUAGGUGGGUAAUGGGACAAGAUUUUCAUGGAGAUUUUCAGGUCAAUGUCACGUGGUUUUUUGCUUGUUUCUCCGGUGUCCUUGACUGAAUUGUGCUCAUUCUGGUAUGGUUUGAAAGAUCUCUUCACUCUGCACAAGUUAGUGAAGAAAGUUGUCCUUGACCGUUAAAACUGAUGACGUCACAAUGGGUAGAAAGGACCUGGAUCCGCACGGGCGGUUACGGGCGGUUCAGGGGCGAAUGGGUUAAUCAAAAAACCUAAAAAUGGCCUUUUACCAACUUUUUCACCUGAUUUGACAUGAAAUAGACAGAUUUGGUUGUUUUAUGCUGAAAAGUGGAUUUUUUUCAAAAAGCUUGGUCCUUUGCUUAACCCAUUCGCUCCUAGAGAUUUUGCCGAAAAACGCGUUUUGAAGCUAGUCGAGUGGUUUUCUGGUCACUGUCGUGCUAUAAAGAGCUAAAACUUACCACAAACUGGUUUACAGGUCGAACACUUCGCGGUCUUCCGAUCCAGAUGCAAAAUAUCAGCUUGCGAAGUUCGGGCAUGCGCAGAAAGCAAAAUUUCGACAUAGUUUUUGGGUUUAAAAGUGACACAGCAGUCUUGACUUUUACUUUUCGCUUUCUCUCCUCCCUUCUUUUUUUGCUUUUCUUGCCUCAUUUUUUUUUUCUCUUGCUGGGCAUUUAGUAGGCUUGAUUUUGGUGGGAAGAGUUUUUAGGAAAGCUUUUAGGAUCUUAGGAUUAGGCGAAAGGAAAGGUAGGUGGGUAAUGGGACAAGAUUUUCAUGGAGAUUUUCAGGUCAAUGUCACGUGGUUUUUUGCUUGUUUCUCCGGUGUCCUUGACUGAAUUGUGCUCAUUCUGGUAUGGUUUGAAAGAUCUCUUCACUCUGCACAAGUUAGUGAAGAAAGUUGUCCUUGACCGUUAAAACUGAUGACGUCACAAUGGGUAGAAAGGACCUGGAUCCGCACGGGCGGUUACGGGCGGUUCAGGGGCGAAUGGGUUAAAGUUGGGGUGUUUCUGUAGGUAAGUUCGAACAGUGGCACAGUAUUGCAUGGAGGGGAUGGGGGAGGAAAAGCUAUACUUUCCCCUUUUGAAGUCUGUAAAACAUCAGAAAGCCCCUUUAGGGGUGAAGUGUCUCAACAAAUUUUGUCACCGAUUGCUGGUAAUGUUCUUUCUGGUCAUCUCGUCACACUACUAAGAUUUUGUUGGACAUACAUGUACAGAUUUUAUACAGAUAUUUUCAAUGACUUGUAGUUAUUUGGAGCUCUGUUGUUGUGGGCCACCAGAGCAGCCAUCAAUCAUAAUCUCCAGGUUGCUGUUACCCAUGCAUGGUACAUAUGUGUAGCCAGCAUUUGUCUGGACUACCACUAAGAAUCAAUGGAAUGCAUAGAGUGUAAUCAUGCAUGGACCUUGGACCUUGUAUUAUUCACAAUCUGAUCAUGAACAUUUUGACUUUCUAUCACCUGAAACUUUUGGAAAGCCCAGCGUUGGGGCAAGAGUGUUUUGACCUUCAAUCUUGCCUGCACUCCUAAACCUUUGGUUAUUAAGUACCAGUUAUAGUCUAAUUUUUUCCAUGUGUGUACUUUAGUAUGUCCAUGAGGAAAAUGGAGUGAGUAGGCCACCAUUUGACGAGCAAGCUUAUUUAAGAGGUGGUGCGCUGAGGGAAGGAGAGGACAAGUACAACAGAAAUCAAUUUAAUCAGGCUGCUAGUGAUGCAAUUGGUGGAGAUAGAAGUGUUCCAGAUACGAGACAUUCACAGUAAGGUUUAUAACGCUCUAGUCGAGUACAAAAUUGAAUCAUGACAAUUAGCACAAAAGUCGGUUUAUUUUUAGAUGUGGAAGAUUUAUAGCCCAUAUGAGAGACCAGGAGAUUGCUGCUAUAUAUAUCCAGGAAAUUUCCAGACACCAGAAGAGUUAAUUAUGCACCUGAUCUAUAUGUUCCAUCAUUUAACAAGCACACAGAUGAGGCAAAUGAAAGGCACAAUCUUCAAGUAAUGUGAGGCUUAUCCAAGGUUGUGCUCUAAUGAACAUUGAAAGGAGCCGAGUUCUUUGAACCUGUAAAAACUAGGCUGCCCAGCACAUGAUUUGUAUGAAAAAUCUGGGAUUUUCUAGUCACCCAGAGCAAAAGUUAGGCAUCAGUAGUCACUAGGUUUUGCUAGAGCACAGCCCUGUAAUCUGUAUGUUAUUACAUCCUAUAAGUGGAUAGUACAUCCUGUCUGACUUAUGAUAAUGAAUGAUAUUAACUCAAACCUUCAAAAUGUUUUUGUUUGCUUUAUUACUAUGGAAGAUGUCGAUACCAACAGUAUCCUGCAGAUCUUCCAGCAACGUCUGUGAUAAUAACAUUUCAUAAUGAAGGGAGAUCAACACUUCUUAGAACUGUAAAAAGGUAAAUUCUGCAUUUUUCUGUUUCAUUCUCACAGGUUGUUUUUUUUUAUUUGUGUACAAACUUUAGUUUGUGAAUUAUUUGAAGCAGACAGUUUGAAUUUAAUAAAUAAAAUGUAAUGUAUUAAUCUCCUUGUGUUUUUUUUUUUACUUCCACCAGCAUUUUAAAUAAGAGUCCUCCAAAGUUAAUCAAAGAAAUAAUUUUGGUAGAUGAUUUCAGUGACAAUGGUAAGCAUAAUUUAAAUUUGCAGGGUUCAUACAGUCUUGAAAAGUCCUUGAAUGUUAUGGGAGUCCUUGAAAAGUCCUAGAUUUCUGUUUUCCCUUCCAAAGUCCUUAAAUUGUCUUCAACUUUAAGUGUAGUGGCCUAGAAAGUGUUUUAAUGCUUCUUAUUGAAAGAAGAGGAAGUUAAAGGUGAUUUACAUAAAACGUUUUUUGUUUUAUGCAAGAAGUACAUGUAUUCAAACUAUCAAAAUAAUUAUUUAAGACAAUAAAUGAAUUGAAAAAUUUUCAUUUUGAUAACCUUGUACAAUGUAAAGCACUUCAGGAUUUUUUUUUGUAAUUUUAAGAAGUAUAAAUUAAUAAUCAUAGUAUACCAGUAAUACCGGUAAUUAUUAUAGCUGCAGCCACACUAGUGGCUGGUUGAAUGUGAAUAUCAACUGGUGGCCACUUGAGUUUCUUACUGAACCCAAUGUAUUUACACAGGAAGCCAGACUAGGAAGGCAGUCAUGGACUCCAUCGUCACAUUCAUCGAUAUCUGUAAGAAAAUGAUUUUUCACAGUUUGAUUUGAGUUUCGAGAAAAAUGCUCGGCUUCAUCUCUCCUACAUAGUAUAGUAUAUAGUAUAUCAGGGGCACCCCACGUCAAUUUUCGAAUUUUCUGUUCGGAAGACGAUUUGAGACCUAGAAUCUUUGGAACAUUUGUUAUUAAAUUUCUUGCUUGCCUGCCUUUCCUAGGAUUUUCGAACAUCUAAAAAAUGGUAUAAUUUCCCAUUUUUAACGGUUUUUUACCCUAAAAAGGUCAUCUAGAAUUUUCGGGAGCCUUUUUUGUGGCAGAAAUUUUCGAAAAGGUAAGUUCUGAUCCCUAUAAUUUUCGGAUCACUAGACUCUCAGCUAGGAAAUCCGAAGAGAUGAAAAAUUUUUAGGGGAUAAAAAUAUGCCUAUAUCUACCGUUUAAAUACUAAAAUACGUUUAACAAUGCUAUGUUUAAGUGGUUUUGAACUAUAUUCUCUUUGGAUGCCCCUGGUAUAUAGCCACUCUACUGCUCCUGGUAGGGGAGAUGAUGAAGCCGACUAUUUUUCUCGAAACUUUGUGUGCAUAUUAAGGACAACAACAACUCGCCUCAUGGAAAGUUUCAUCGAUUUUUGUGUCCAUUUUCUAGGAAAUUUCCAGACCUAAACUUCGCCNUUUUAUAGACGACUACACCAAGGUGGUGGUUUUAAAUAUAAAAAAAACGUGGGGGCAUCAGAUUUUUUAACAAAAAGAAAAAAAAAAAAAAUAAAAAAAGGAAGCCGGGGGGCGCCGUUUGUGUAAAUAUCAAGGGGAGAACAAGGGGGGGGGCGGGGGGGGCCCGCCCCCCCCCCCCCCCCCCCCGCCUUAUUUUUAGACCAAACUGAGGCCCAAAGGGCCAAAAAAGAUGUUUUUGAGACCCCCCUUAUCUCAGGGUCUGGAUGACCGUGCCCCCCUCCCCCUUCCCCUCCCCCCUUAUCUGAAGGUCUGGAUCUGCCACUGAAACUGACAGUGUAUAAAUGCUAUUAAAAUGAAUUACUUUUAAUACCUUUUAAAGGCUUGACCACUGAACAUUCAUUACCAAACAUUUGCCCUCUUUUGAUUUGCAUGAUUAUUUAGAAAAAAUAAUGUCUUCUUUGAAUUGACAUUGUGGUGCCUUGUUUUCUAUUUUUUGUGCUUUAUUACAAAAUUAAUAAUUGUUAAAUCCUUUUUGUUUUUUAGCUGGUGAUGGAGAGCUCUUGCUUGGCGUCCCGAAAGUUAAACUUAUUAGAAAUGAUAGAAGAGAAGGUACAAAAAUGGCUUGCAGUAUGCAGCCUGACUUAGCCUUUUGUUCUCUAUUAUUAUUAUCACAGAAAUUAAUUUAUUAUGUUUUAGUUUAGAUAAUGCAAAUCAUCAUCAUUGUUUAUUUUAUGUAAUGUAUUUCAUAUAUUUAUUUAUUUAUUUAAUAAUCACCUAAGAUUUUUUGACAUUUUCUUAUUUGUGAUCAUUUUAUUAGGUUUAAUAAGAUCUCGAGUGAAAGGAGCAGAUAUGGCAUCAAGUAAAAUUUUAACAUUUCUUGACAGUCAUUGUGAAUGUAAUGUUGGCUGGCUAGAGCCAUUACUUCAUAGGGUUGUUCAGGUAAGGAGGUAUGCUUGUUAAUUUGGUGAAUGCGAAAUGGCUAUUUUUUGUGUCUAGUAACCAGCCUAGCAAGCGUUUCUAAUCGAGUUAUUGCGCGUUGCUCUCAUCCCAACUUCGACGAACUCGCGCGGAAACACUUGCUAUGCAGGCUAUGUGUCUAGAAGCUUUGAUAUGCAUAAUGCAUUCUAGUGUUGAAAGUAAGGUUUCAUCUAGUUUAUACUCUACAUGUAGAUGACUCUACAUGUAGAUGUACAUGUACAAAGUAGGGAGGGAUGCUAUGUUCAUGCUUUGACUUAAUACAUAGUACAUAUGUAGACCCGGAGGAGUCUAAGUCUGCGUUUCACUGAAAAUAGUGACUAGAGUUCAACAAGCUUUGGUACAUGUAAUAGUACAGUAAUUCAUGUUAAAUACUGAAGAGUAGUUAGGGUCAACCACUGACUAUAGUGAUUACGGUACACCACUUACCCGAAGUGGUUACACGUACACAUACACGUAAAACUCUUUGUAACAAAAUGGGGUCUAGCUGAGCUGUGUUUCACCUUCUCUUCUCCAACAUAUUAUUUCAGGACAGAACAGUUGUAGUAAGUCCAAUUAUUGAUGUAAUCAACAUGGAUGACUUUAAUUACCUUGGAGCGUCAGCGGACAUUAAAGGAGGUGAGGAAUGUUGUACUGCCGUACUUCUGUACAUGUCGACAGUCGUUGCACUUCGUGCAUUCACUUUAAAUAAACGCAUAACAAUGAGCCCAAGGUGUAGCUAAGGUGUCCUCCGCGACCUUAUGCUCUCAUUUAGCUCGGCUUGUGUGUACGUAGCUAUCGUGCGCGCUAAGCUACACCCUUCAAUUCCUGCAUGUCCCCGAUCCCCCCCCCCCCCCCCCCCCCCUCCCACCCUCUGUUUUUUUUUUUUUUUUUUUUAUUUCGAUUUUUUUUUUUUUUUUUUUUUUUUUUUUUUUUUUUUUGUGUGUUUUUUUUUUUUGUUUUUUAUAAAACACAAAAAAAAAAAAAAAAAAAAAAACAAAAAAAAACACCACAACCAUCAAGAGACGGAGAACGUCUUGUUUUUUUUUUAUUAAAUAAACGCAAAAAAAUGGGCCCCAGGGUGUUGCAGUGUGUCCCCCGCGCUCUUGUGCCCCUUUUUCGCGGCGCUUGGGUGUACCGGGCUUUCGGGCCCCCUAACCCUCCCCCCUUUAUCUCCCUGUUCCCCCCCCCCCCCCCCCCCCCCUAUUUAUCACUAUGCGUAUUCUUUACUGUUCUGAAUACAUGUAGAGUUAUUUUCAUGUUCUUGUACUUUAGGAUUUGACUGGAGUCUUCAUUUUAAGUGGGAUAACUUAACACCAAAGGAAAAGAAGGCAAGAAGAAACACACCCAUAGCGCCAAUCAGGUAAGGCAGUGAAUCGUUCAUUUUUUUAUGUCUAGCCGUCCAGCCGUUCCAUUCGAUAUCCACGAUUCAAAUUUUUUUUCAGCCUUUCAGCCGUUCACGAUAUCCGUUCGAACGGCUUAUCCACUCGUUUUUUCAGCCGUUUGAACUGGUACCGUUAGGAACGAAUUCGCGUGAAAGGUCAAAAUUGUUUUAACAUUUUUAAGACCUCGAUUUGUUAAACGUUUUGUCAAACUUUACUGAAUCAAACCAGUGGCCUUUUGCUAAGCAGAAGAGUGCUCUAAUGACUACAGUCUAACCUCUCCUUAUGGACACCUCUAUAAUACGGAGACAUCUCUAUUACGGACAGUUUGUUUUUGUCCCAGAAAUGCCAAAAAUCAUACAUUCCCUAUAUGCCUCUAUAAUACGAACACCUCUGUAAAGCGGAUACUUGGUUCUGUCCCUUUGGUGUCCGUAUUAAAGAGGUUUGACUGUGUAAGAUACUUACGGUGAAUGAUCAACGUCAGUGUCAUGUUUUCAUAAAAUACUAGCAAUGCCAUGCACAUUUAAAGAAUCGUCCUUCAAAAUAAUUAGAAUGUUCCUUCAAAGAAGGUACAUCUGUCAUAUUUUAGUAGAAUACUUGGAAAGUGAACAGUCAAUUAACUUUUCGGUCGUUAUUGUUUGACAGAUGAAACCUGGAGGUAAAUUUUUCAGCUUGUAAAAAUUAAUACUCCGGCGCGCGCAUUUGAUAUCUGCCAAACGCGGACUAGAUGCGGAUUGUUCUAGUCUGCUUUUCUCUCUUUUCUCUCUGCUAUGCGGAUGGUUCUAGUCUGCUUUUCUCCCUCGCGGCAGCGAGAGAGAAAAAUGAGCUGUAGUCCCUCAUUUUUCUCUCUCCCCGCCGCGUGUCGCCUUUUCUCGCAUGGGGUGAUUUUCACGCGCGCCCGCGUUGCGCUCAAUCUACUAUCCCUGAGGAAAAAUGGGGGACUACUCAAAGUCUACCUUUUCCCAACGUAUCUGUUUUACAUGUUACAUUCGUCCAUAGGACUCCGAUGAUAGCUGGAGGGCUGUUCAUGGUGGAAAAGGCUUGGUUCGAGACGCUCGGGAAGUACGACGUCAUGAUGGAUAUAUGGGGAGGAGAGAACUUUGGUGAGCUUGUUGAUAAAACGAAUAAUAUAAACGUUGUUCACGGGGCCUUUUUUACUCAUUUACUCAUAAUAUAUGUUGACUGUUUGUAGAAAUCUCCUUCAGAACAUGGCAAUGUGGAGGCAGCAUGGAAAUUAUUCCUUGUUCAAGAGUUGGUCAUGUGUUUAGAAAGCGACAUCCUUAUUCGUUUCCAGAUGGAAACGCCAAUACCUACAUGAAGUAAGUUGUGAAUAAUACUGUCGUGAUAUUCUAUUAAUUGCAGUCAAACCUACCUGGGUUAUACGGACACUGAGGAACCAUAAACAGUAAAAUAUUCUGUAAAAUGUCUAGAAUUUUUCAAGCCACAACAAAAUUUUAACCUCAGCAUUUGUAAUGUUUUUUUUUUAUUUGUUAGCAAGUAAAAUUGCUGUAUUGCGGUUCUAUAUGAAGGAAUUUAUUACUGAUUUAUCUAGAAACACCCGUCGUACGGCUGAGGUGUGGAUGGAUGAGUACAAAAGAUUUUAUUACGCUGCUCGUCCGAUGGCCAGGAGUACCAACUACGGCAGGUAAUCAUCUAUCAUUAGAAUGAUUUUUAAUCCAAAACCGAAGCAAAUUAUUUUGCCGCCUAGUCAAAACAGACGACCACGUAGACAAUCCAGCAAACCAAUCAGAGCUCGAAACAAAAGAAUGUAGCCUUCAAAAAUGGCGGGAAAACUGGUUUUUGUUUCACUCGUGAUUGGCUGAAGUGGCGCGAGUGUUUUUCAGCCAAUCGCAUCUUCUGUAUUGCAUUGCUACACGAUGUAAUUGGCAAAAAACAUCUCACGUCACUUAGUUUACCUAUUAGAAGAAACAUUGCAAUCACUGGCGAUGCACACGAACGUGUUUUACCUUACGUCAAGCCAUCGUGUUGUGUUAAGUUCAAUUUCUACCGGUUUCUGAUUUGUGUUAGUUUGCUAAAACAAUUGCUUCGUUUUUAGUUUUCCACUCAGUCUAACUGAACCAUACAAAUUAAGAGAAAAUUGAAGAGCACGUCAAGCUGUACAAAACAACUGCUUGUGGUAUGUUCCUUUUCAGAACAGUGCUAAAAGCGUUAUAAAUGUAUUUUUGGGAAAGUGGUCAAUAACGAAGCCAUGCUCUUUCUUUUCAGUGUCAAGUCCAGAAAAGAACUACGCGAACGCCUAAAGUGCAAGUCUUUCAAGUGGUAUUUGGAGAACGUUUAUCCAGAACUACAGUAUGUACAUAUUGUACCUUGUUUCUGGUGUCUAUAAGGAGAAGUAUCCAUGUUUAUUGAUGCUUAAAAGUAUUGUGGGUACUUUUUAUCGCUGGGAAGCCGCUCAUAUCAUAAACUUUUUUGUUUGGCUCUUUUGCUUUGUCUGUUUGUUUGUUUUUUAAUGUACUUUGUUUAUAAGCUAUGAAUAUAACAUUUAUGACCCAUCCACGGCUUUGGCGGGAACAGGUGCCAUACAAAAGAUGGUCUACCUUAGCAAAUUUUUCCUGUGUCUUUAAUGAAACUUGUGUUAACUGAUUUUGCGCCAUUCUUUAUUCAUUAAUUUACCUGAUUGCUUCUUAUUGGUGUUUUAAAAGGACUAAAAAAAGUCAUUAAAAUAAGACACAAAAAAGGAAAGUGACACUGCCAGUUUGACAUUAUGGAGUCUAGCAUCGCGUCUCAGUUCACCGAAUUCGUAUUCUCGCCAAAGGUCUGGGGCUCACGCGGUCGAGGCUCUUGCAUGCCGCGCUAGGGCUCCUGGGAGGACGUUCGGGGUGUUCGCCCAUGAGCCUCGACUGCAAGCUAGUUCUAGUUUGCCGCCGAAAAUUCCAAGGUGGUUUAUUUGAGAUGAAGUCUUUUUUAUUACUCUUAUUUUUAUUUCUUUACAGAAUUCCUGACUCGCAAGAUGUAGCGUUCGGUGAACUCAAACAGGGGAAAAAAUGUUUGGAUACUCUUGGUGGCCAGGCCGGCGGUUCUGUUGGCAUGUUUGAUUGUCACGGCCAAGCAGGGAAUCAGGUAUAUUGCUCUGAACAACUUUAUCUGACACUCACUUAACAACGAAAUUUGUCACAUUGUUUGCAUUUAUUUUGUCACAACCUGUAAGAGUUCAGAUUCACUUGCUGCCAGCCUCUUUUUCAAUACGAGGCAAAGAACGAAGUUUUGUCGUGAAAAAAGAUUUGUUCUCAUUCAAAUAAAACCCAUUUAACAUGAAAGAUUUAACGAGUUAGGGUUAUUGGAAAUCUCCAGUGGUCUAUUUCCUUUAAAAUUUAUGAAAAAUGUCACCCUCCGUAAGCAACUGAGAUAAGGAAAAUUUUUGUCUUGCAUUUUUCACAGGAGUGGGCUCUCACGAAAAACAACUUUGUCCGGCAUCAUGAUAUGUGUUUAACGUUAAAGGACGCCACUCCAGGGAAACCAGUCAUUAUUGAAAGCUGUCGAGACGGAGAUAACAAACAGGUUGGUACUUCUGUGCAAUGGCAAGGGUUUUUUCAGUUUCCUCCAGUCGCGGUGAUAGCCAAAACUGGACAUAUUUGGGUUAGCUGACCUUGGGAAUAAAAGCAAGGUCAACUCGGUAUGGGUAAUGUUUUGGUAUUACUGAAACUUCAUAGUUGCGAUCGGCGAGAAGCUACCAACCAAUAAAAAACUAAAUCUUGGUUAACAAACCUAAACAAGAACUUUAACGAGACUAAUUAACGAAGGUCAACUCUAACAUCUUAAACACGACUAAGUAACUUUCAAAAUACUUCACAACACACAUUUGGAAGCGUCUUUGUCCAUGGAAAAGAUCUUCAGGCAACUUUUGUAACAUUUCUUUUCUUUUUCAGGUUUGGGAACACACACCUCAGCGCUUGUUACGUCACAAACAAUCAGGACUGUGUCUAGAUAGUAAAGACGUUAAGAGUGGAGAGCACGUGACCACAGACAACUGUGAUAACAACAAAUACUCCCAAAUAUGGCAAUUUUCUCUCACUAUGGUAUAACAUUAAUAGUAUUCUAGUAUUCGAAUAAAUCCCUAAUGUACUGUAAAAUAAGACAUUUUUAACUAAAAAAAACAAAACAAAACAAGCCUAAUGUUUCCAGAACGGCAAACUGAGGCCUGCUAACGAAUAGUUUAGCUCGCGUUGUAGGCAUUCCAAAGAAUGGAGGAAAGAGGAAAUUCCCGACUGCUUUUACCUUGCGUUCCCGCAUGCGCAAUUCAACUUCCUUCCUCCCUCGUUUCCUCUUCCCGUUUCGUGGAAAUCUACUCAAGGCCGAAAGUAGAAUAGGCCAUUUUGAGUUACAAACACCCUUGUUUUCAAAAGUCUAACUUUGAACUUUCCUGGUGAAUGUGAGAUUUAUUUGCAUGAGAAGAAGAAUUCAUUUGCGUAUCAAAGACUUCGCACUUUAACUCGUUUUUAGAGCGAAUGGUUGGCGUAACUCGAAAGUGGCCUGUUGAAUCGGCAUCCUGAUAUGGGGCCUCGGCUUGCCAGCAAAUAUGUUACUUAACUUAAGUUCAAGUUAAAAUAGGAAUAUUUUUCCGCUGUAGUUUUUAAUGAGAAAGAAGCUCAUCGAAAAUGUAAAUUCUCUUAUCCGAUCUUACUCUUUUCUAUUAAAAAUCUUUUAUAAGCAAACCAAACGAACAGUGAUAUAGAUAUUUUGUAAAAUUUUGUACAUCAGCAUGUCAGAUCGAUUGAGAGGCAGUUGAAAAAAAAUGAUAUACUAUCUGCUUAAAAAGGAUUGUUACGAUCCUAACGUUUUUAUUGUAAUAAAUUAAGAGUUCAUAUGAUCUCUUGAAUUAACGAAUUACUUCUGAAACGACAGAUAUUGUUCUUCAGCUUGUUUUCUAUUUUGCAGUGUUUAACUUUUAUUUUAUUUUAGGAGUGUUUUUCUAUAGAAUGCAUAUGUGUAGUGUACAGUUUGUCGAAAAUUGAACUUUUGUAGAAUCUGAAUAAAAACUGAAUUGCAGC